CCCGUCGGUAUAUCGGACAAGGAUACAAUUUGGAUUGUCCCAGAGACAUCAGGGUGCAAGCUGGUUGAAACUUCAGCUCACCUAUAUAUUAAAUCGAGGGUCUCCUUGAAUGUGUAUAGCGUGAACCAUCGUACCCCUGACCAGCUGUUAAAAGUGUUUACUAGCCGCUAUAUCUAGAAAAUACUUACUUUCAAGUUGAAACAUGGAAGGAAAAUACGCGUCUGAUCCCGAAUGGGCAUCCAUACAGCCAAUUCCUCUGAAUGAUGGCUCCGAUUCAGGAGCCCAGCCAUUGGCUACCAUUGCCUAUCCUUCGCAUUAUCUCGAGGCCACAUCGUAUCUGCGAGCGGUCAUGGCGGCCAACGAAAUGUCAGAAAGGGCACUGAAGUUGACUGAAGACAUUAUUUCGAUGAAUCCGGCACACUAUACCGUAUGGAUUUAUCGCGCUAAGAUCCUGUUUGCUUUGGGCAAAGACCUCAAAGACGAGCUGGAAUGGCUCAACGGCGUCUCACUCAAGUAUCUGAAAAAUUAUCAGAUAUGGCACCAUCGUCAAGUUCUCAUGUCACGCACAGACUACUUCCCGAGCCCACCAGCUAAGGAGCCAGACUUCCUUAUGGAAAUGUUUGCCCAAGACUCCAAGAACUACCAUGUUUGGACCUACCGUCACUGGUACGUCCGCCACUUCAAGCUCUGGGAUGCCCCGCGGGAAAUCCAGGACGUGGAGGCCCUCAUUGCAUCGGAUGUCCGCAACAACUCCGCCUGGAACCACCGCUUCAUGCUCCGGUUUGGCCCGCGCGAUAACGAGCCAGAUGCUGGGAUGCCCAAUAGCGGCGGAGACCCUUCGGAGAAGGGCCGACUAGCCGUUGUCGAUGAAGACGUCGUCGACGCUGAGCUGCAGUACGCUAAAUCCAAGAUUGUCCGGGCGCCCGAGAACCGCAGCCCGUGGUCAUAUGCACGGGGAGUAUUGCGUGCCGCGGGUCGGCCUCUUUCGGAAUGGAAGGAAUUUGCUGGCAAGUUCGUCGUCGAUAAGGAAGAUGGUAGUGUUGAGGUCAAGAGUAGCCAUGCUGUAGAAUGGCUGGCUGAUGUAUUCAUUGCGGAAAGCGAGCCGGCAUCGGAACAGGAAGCCGUCCGUAUGCUUACCUUACUGAAGGAGAAGUAUGAUCCCAUUCGAUCUAACUAUUGGGAUUAUCGCAUUCGGACGAUUACCAGUGCAGCCGUUCCUGCAACAGCAUGAAAACCUUGUAUAUUGCUAGCGAGAAGUCUGGGAUGGAGAAUUAGCCGCUAGAGCGAUCUAAGGCAGUGAUUCCAGAUUAUCAGAAAAAAAGGUUCUGUUAAUAUUAUUAUAUCAUAUAUCAAACA